AUGACCAUGAAGUCCGUGGGCAAGGCCGCCCUCGCCAUGGUGGAGGAGGUUCGCCGCCAGUUCAACACCACCCCCGGCCUCAUGGAGGGCACCACCCGCCCCGACUACAGCCGCUGUGUUGAGAUAUCCACCGACUCGUCGCUGAAGGAGAUGAUCGCGCCCGGGGCCCUGGUGAUGCUCACCCCCGUCAUCGCCGGCAGCCUGUUCGGCACCCGCUGCCUGGCCGGCGUGCUGGCCGGUGCCCUGGUGUCUGGCGUGCAGAUGGCCGUGUCCAUGUCCAACACCGGCGGCGCAUGGGACAAUGCCAAGAAGUACAUCGAGGCCGGCGCCAGCGAGCACGCGCGCGACCUCGGCGGCAAGGGCUCCGACUGCCACAAGGCCGCCGUCAUCGGUGACACCGUGGGCGACCCCCUCAAGGACACCUCCGGCCCCUCCCUCAACAUCCUCAUCAAGCUCAUGGCCGUGGAGUCCCUGGUGUUCGCGCCCUUCUUCUACUCCUGCGCCAAGGGCGAGGGCCUCAUCUUCCAGUUCUUCCAGUAG